AUGAUUAAAAAAGUCUUUCUAUUCUAUUCUACUUACAGAAAGAGUUUAACUGAAGCGAUAGAAAGUCCAGCGAAACGAUCAGAAGUCUCACCGAAACAAUAUCAAAUUAGUGUACGUUUUGCUGAUCGUACAAAACAGCUGGUUGCUGCAAGAUCCUACUUCUAUAAAUCUGAACAUCAAUGUAAUGAAAAUAUGGAGACAUUUUUAAAGUGUAUUGAUGUCUCAUCGAAACUAAGUGAUUAUUCUAUUACUGCAAUCAAGUUGACUGCACUUGGCCGACCACAACUACUGCAACAGAUGUCUGAUUUUCUAGUACAAAUGAAACGACUGUUUUUCCUGUUGACUGAUUCCCAUAACAAAGAAUUAGGCGGAAUGAAAUUUUUAGAUUUAGAAAAUUUUCAAAAAAAGUUGGAAGAGUUAGGCGUGAAAAUUUCAUAUAAUGAAAAUGUCAAGUGUUUCACUCUACUGGAUAUUUCUGGAGAUGGGGUUGUAGAUUUACUUGAUUGGACUCAUUUGAAAUCGUUAGAAUAUGAUCUUGCUAGAUUAUUUAGUGUGAAAAAUAAGAAGACCGGUGAAAUGGAACAACUUGUGCCGACGCUUACAGGUGAAGGUAUCGAAGAAAUGCGUAAUAUGAUUAAACGUCUUGAUACGCUAGCAAGUUAUGCAAAGUCUGCUGGUGUCCGACUUAUGGUGGAUGCAGAACAGUCUUACUUUCAACCGGCUAUCCGAAGAUUGACUAUUGAAAUGAUGCGUCUAUUUAACAAGGAUAGACCUGUAAUAUAUGGUACUUAUCAAUGCUAUCUAAAGGAUGCACUUGAAACUCUUGAUCAAGAUUUACAUCAUGCUGCUACAGAGAAUUUCUAUUUCGGUGCAAAACUUGUUCGUGGUGCUUACAUGGAUCAGGAACGUGCACGAGCUAAAGAAUUAGGCUAUGAAGAUCCAAUCUGUGCAAAUUAUGCUGCUACAUCAGCAAUGUAUGAAGCCUGCUUGGAACGUGUGUUUAUGGCUAUGAAAAAACGUAAAUUUGGUCAAGUUAAUAUUAUGGUAGCUAGUCAUAAUGAAGAUACUGUUAGAUAUGCUAUAAAAAAGAUGCAAGAAUAUAAUGUAAAACCAGAAGAUAAAGUUAUUUGUUUCGGUCAAUUACUUGGAAUGUGUGAUCAAAUCAGCUUUACACUAAGUCAAGCUGGUUACUCCGUCUACAAAUAUGUUCCAUAUGGUCCAAUUGAAGAAGUUCUCCCCUAUUUAUCAAGACGUGCCCUGGAGAAUGGUUCAGUUCUACAGAAUACGCUGAGAGAACGUGAAAUUCUCUGGUGUGAAUUAAAAAGACGUUUGAAAACUGGACAAUUUGUUUAUAAACCAUAA